CUGGCAACAGUAAACGGACGCUGGUAUUGCGCAGACAUGGCGGAGCUCCUGAAGAUUAAGUGUAAAAUUGAAGAGUUCAGAAAGCAACAGUUCUACAAAGCAAGGUUAGUUGAGACACACAAACGGGCAAAAUUCCGGGCUGCUAUACGGAUCCAGAGCUGGUUCAGAGGCCACAGGGUGAGAUUUUACAUCAGGCAUCUGCACGAGAAGGCGGUCAUUAUACAGAAGACAUGGCGGGGCUUCAUAGCAAGGGCACAUUUCAGACAAAUGGUGAUGGCAGCAUAUUUUAUCAUGAAGAUGAAUUUCUACAACGAGAUGGCGGUCAGGAUACAGCGAAGGUGGCGAGGAUUUUAUGUGCGCAAGUACAUCCAUAGCUUCUAUUCACGCAAGCGCUAUUUGGAAAGAAUAUCCAGCACAAAUGAAGUAGUCAGGAGGGAAAUGGAUGAACUUGAAGAGCUCCAGAAGCGAGAGAGAAUCUGUCUGAAAAAGGUGAACGAGCAGAAAGCCAAAGCCUAUCAAGCUUACAGAUGGCACCAUCUACUCAGCACUAAGCAGUGCCCAGGGGUCUUCAACUCUCCAUUCAGGAUAGUCCCCCAUGAGAUGGAGUUACUACUGAGACAGGUCAAGUACCAGGCCCCCACCAGGAUAGUCUCAAGGGACAGCACUCAUCUCACACCUGCAGCCCCAACGCCCCCCACUUUCGCUGUGACUCCUGGAUCCCCAAGGAGAAAAAGUAGAGCCUUCUGCUCUCCCAGGCCCAUACUUCCUCCGAUCACUAGCACCAAACAGCAGGUCCGGAUCAGAGACCCCGGGGAGAUGUGGGAGCAAGGCGUACGUUUUCCUGAGCUGGCUUUGGAUCUGCAGACCUCAUACGGGCACCUGGAGGAGGCACAGAAUGAAUUACGGCUCUACAGUCGCACACUGUGA